AUGCUGAAUCCGAGAACGGGGGCUUUGGCCGCCAGCGCCAGCUGGGCCCGCCUCCGUGUUGCCCGGCGAUUUGUCUCGACGACAGCGGCAGCACCACCGCCACCCUCACCAUCACCAUCACCAUCACCAUCGACGCUUCCACCGGCAGCAGCAGCAGAGCCGGCGAGCGCAGCGUUUGCGAGCCAGUUUGCGAUCCCGGCGCCGACCAAGAUCGACCGCGAGUCGGUGCUGAUGCGCACGUACAAGCCGCGGACGCCGGGCGUGCGGCAUCUGAAGCGGCCGAUCAACGACCACCUCUGGAAAGGGCGGCCGUUCCUGCCGCUGACAUUUCCCAAAAAAGGCCACGGCAAGGGUGGGCGCAACAACACGGGACGCGUGACGGUGCGUCACCGUGGCGGCGGCGCCAAGCGGCGCAUCCGCACGGUGGACUUUGAGCGCUGGGCGCCGGGACCGCAGCUGGUCGAGCGGAUCGAGCACGACCCCGGCCGGUCAGCACACAUUGCGCUGAUCACAGACCAGGCCACCGGCCGCAAGUCGUACAUUGUGGCGGCCGAGGGCAUGCGGGCCGGCGACAUUGUGCAGAGCUAUCGCGCCGGCAUCCCGCAGGACCUGCUCGACAGCAUGGGUGGCACCAUUGAUCCCGGCAUUCUGGCUGCCCGGACGGCUCACCGGGGCAAUUGCCUGCCGCUGCACAUGGUGCCCAUCGGCACGGUCGUCUACAACGUCGGCUCGCAGCCGAACAAGGGCGCGGUCUUCUGUCGCAGCGCCGGCACGUAUGCCGUCGUCAUGACCAAGGAGGAGAGGACAUGGGCCAGUGACGGUGAGGCUGACGGGACCGGCGCCCAAAAGGUCGGCCGUUUCGUCCAGGUGCGCCUGCAGAGCGGCGAGAUUCGCCGCGUCAGCAAGGACGCCUGCGUCACCAUUGGCGUCGCCAGCAACCCCAACCACCAGUACCGCCAGCUGGGCAAGGCCGGCCGCAGCCGCUGGCUCAACAUUCGGCCCACCGUUCGCGGCGUGGCCAUGAAUAGAGCCGACCACCCGCACGGUGGUGGCCGUGGUAAAUCCAAGAGCAACCGCCACCCAACUAGUCCCUGGGGCACGCCGGCCAAGGGCGGAUACAAGACCCGGCGGACGCACAACAUCAAUCGCUGGGUGGUCGUCCCGCGGGUGCGCAAUAUGGGGAAGCGCAAGAGCAAGGGAUCCAGCUGA